AUGGCAAGUGCCGAGGUUGGAAAGUUUCCAGAGCCGGCAACUACCAUCCCUUGUUGGGCUCCGUGCUGGGCGAUGCCGCCGGACCUGAAUCAUUAUCAAUGUCAUAUGGGGUCUUUUUCUAACGUCGUCGAAGCCAAAUCUACUACUCGUUACAUGGUCAUUCAUACACCUAACACUUUUCAUUCCAUUUCUCCGUUUCUUAUUAAUAAACUCAUCUUAUCUACUAUUGGUGAGGUUCAAAAUAUAAAAAAAUUACGCUCUGGUGAUCUACUAUUACAGGUAUCCGAGAAACAAGCAUUGCAGAUCAGUAAAAUGACAACACUGAGUUCCUUCCCAAUACAAACAUCGUACCAUAAAACAAUGAAUAUAUCACGUGGUGUACUCUCCGAACCCGACUUUAUAAAGGUUUCUGAAGCAGAAUUUUUGGAAGAGCUACGAGAUCAAAAUGUAUGUGCCGCUCGUCGCAUUAAUAUUCGACGAGGUGACAAACUUGUUCCUACGCAACAUGUUGUUCUUACAUUUCAAACGCCGGUUUUGCCUAAGUCCAUAAAAGGCGGUUAUAUUAAUUGCAAAAUUCGACCCUACAUCCCCAAUCCUCUACGAUGUUUUAAAUGUCAGAGAUAUGGAGCUCGAUUCUUCAGCUUCACACAAGAAAAUUCCUGCAGAGGGUAUAAAGAAGAAGAAAAAACCUCCAGAUAA